AUGUACACAGGCACAACCUCCGGUCUCGAAGUCCUCGGCGACAUAUCCGAUACCUACAUCCGUGGCACAUCUCACCUCCCCUCAAUCUCGCACCCCCUCACCCGCCACGGCAUAAUCGGCGGUCCCAUACACCGCGACGCCGAAGACGCCCGCAAAGCCGAAGAAGCCCGUCUGCAAAAGAUCGCCGACGCAGAAGAAGUCGAGAAGAGGAAAGCUGGUCUACUGCGAGCGAGAGAUAUGAAGGUCAACCAUAACCGACCCAUGUUCAACGGGCCGAUGGGUAGGCCAACGGUGGAUGCGUACGGCCAGCAUAUCAGUUAUAGGGGUGAUGGCGGGGAAGAGGAUGCUGUUUCCGAGUGA